UAAAAACAAAGGAAGGAAGAGAAACCCUCGAACAAAAAAUCCCCAAUCUCACUCGUCUCUCUCACUGCAAUUGACCAUCGGUCGACCGUCGGCAAAAUUGAAAGUUUUGCUACAAUCGCCCGCUGGCCCAUCGUCAAAGACCACCGAUAGAACCUUCGGUCUUAUACAAUUCUUCAGAAAUUUGUUGGCUUAUCUAUAUCCGAAGGCUAUAUUGCAAUUGGCUAGGAAACAACUUGUGAGCACGGAGAAGUGUACAUUUUGGACAAUGGACGAGAGGUUAAAAAGGCAUCCUUCAGUAGUCCGAUUUAAUUGCUGACAACAUUUAUCCAUUCCAUAUUAAAGCAAUAGCACGCUCGCCGCCGUCCACCACUACCGUCACUAUAAGCUUCUCUUUUUCUCCCUCCCGCUUAGUUUUCUAAUUUUCAUUUAUUAUUUCCUUCGAUUUAAUUUACAGUAAUUUGCAUUUCUCUUCAAGUGAUGUGAAUUUCAUUCAAUGUCCUUGUAUGUCAAUGUUGUUCGCCUGCACAUGUAAGUUUAGCUAGCAGACCAAGUCCCAGCCAACUGUCGUACCCAAGGUUUCACCUCAGUUUUUCUCGACAGUUCACUGUUCUGGCACCUCAUUUUCCUUCAUUAAAUUGCUAUAUAUGUUACAAUUGUUUAUAUUCAUCCCGUAACCCCGUUUAUAUGAAUAUACCUUGCAAGCAUGAUGGAGUUCAAAUUCCGUAUUCCGGAAAGUGCAAGGUUGCAGGCGCACAUUUCGUAACAUAGCAACCUCAAGUACGUGAAGACUAUCAUGGACCAUUUCGACGAGCGGCACCGGGAGGACAUCCGCAACUCCUCUCUUGGGUAUCUGGCCGACGUUUCGGACAUUCAAUUCUCUGUCCAACUCAUCCAGCAACUAGUUUUCAGAACCAUCCGCACCGAUAAGCUGUAUGAGCUAUGGUUCAGCGUGCAAGGACAUCUCAUGAGAUUGGAUCUACAGGAGUAUGCGCUUGUGACAGGGUUAAGAUGCGGUGCAUUCUCAGAGGGUGCUGAAUCCAAUCGAAUGCUAGAGCUGAGGCGGUUGAAAGAGAGGUACUUCAAAUCCAAUGACAAGAUUUCGUUGGCUCAACUGCAGUCUGCAAUGGCUCGAAGUUCGACGCCUCGAGCUGAUUGUUACAAGCUAGGGUUGGUUCUAAUUCUCGAGAGAGUUUUCAAUGCUCCAGAUAAUAAUGUCGGUAUCCAUUUGCCUACAUUAUCAAUCGUGGACGACCUGGACUUAUUUUUUGCCUAUCCUUGGGGUAGGGUUAGAUAUAGGCGACUGUUGCACGGAUUUUGGGGUACUUGGGUAAAAAAAUUUCAAAAGGCAAAGAGGAGGAAGGAGAAGGAGAUUAUGUACACAGUCCAUGGCCUCCCCAUUGCCAUGCAGGUUUGGGCGUACGAGGUGCUUUCGAAGGUUGGGGAAACAUUUUGUCGAGCGAGUAGGUGAACGACUGCCAUGACUUCUUUGCUAGUCGACAAGGAAACAACCACAGUAUCGUACAUAUGAUGCAUUUUUCAAGAAUGUUAAGCUCCACGUGUACACAACACUACGGCCCACCGAUGCUGAGGCGCAACAACCCUAUUUUUCGACUCUCGUGCCGUACGAUGAACCCCGAUUUCGAUUUUGGAUGACAUUACAAGGACCGCUGUCGUGCCGCAGUUCAAUGCAUCGGGCGACGACGGUCAUGAUGGUGGACAUGCGGCAAGGGAAGAUUCCAAGGAUGAGGCAUCCAAAGGAGGAAGAAGUGAGGAGCAGACGUCCAGAGGCGAUGACAAAAAAGGUGCGUCGGGCAGUGAUCCAGACAAUGAGGACACUGGCGAGUCUCAUGGUGAGGGCUCCAGCGCCGGCGAGGACACCCAUGAAGGAGCUAGGGGUACCUCUUCUUCACCUCGACCGCCGCAAGACCCUUCUCCAGACCGACGGAGCACAACGCAGGCAAGAGCCGUAGGAACAUCUGCACCCGGCUUGAGCAGAGAGGACAUGGAAGAGCUGCUCUUGGACCAAAGAAUCCUAUUUGAAAUGCGACUCUGGACAGUGAAGCUCGAAAUCCAACAGCACGUGACCUCCGAAUGUACAAGUCUUCAAGAGUUCUUAGGUAGCCUCGUGGCCCGAGCUGGUCCGACUACCGCAGAACCUGCAACAAGGGCCGAGAAAGAGGUCGGCGUCUCAGGUUCUUUACCAGAAGACGUAUAUGGAGGACCCGCGAAGCCAUGCCCGUAUAAGUCGGACAUCGCAAUCGACACAUGGAAUAUGCAAGACGCAGUAGACAUUGCACCAAGCCAGGACGAUCUGAACCUGCCAGUGCCCGUUACAAGCAAAGAAGUGCAAGAUGCAGGAGCCACGGAGCCCUCGAAUGACGCCGGGGACGACAAUGAAGAGGCGGACGGUUGCGAUACGACGGAUGGCAAUGGUGUUGUCACUAAAGUCACAGCUCUCAGGUCGGUACCCGAAGCACGAGCCGGAGUUCCUACAAUGACACGAUGCUCGGCAUGGUUGCGAUGACCAGCUGUUGCUAAGAGGACUCCAUAUACGGGGGGAGGGCGAAGAGAACCAAAAAGUAGUUGUUCUUAAGUGGCCGGAGAGCAGGACGAUGGUUCUGAACUCCUUUUUGGGCGGUGACUGAAUUGGUAGACGUUUUGUUGGGAUGUUAACUUGCUGGAUUUUGUAUUGUUGACAUGGUUUUUCUUUACCUUUACAUUUUACGUACUAUUGGGAUACCGUGGCGAUGCUUUCACGCAUUCAUCACAUUUUACGUUGUUGGUGUUGAAUGCCAUGUGGAUUUCAGGAAAAUGCUGAUAGUUUUAGGUACCAGUACAAUAUAUGUUGAACUUAUUUUUCGACUUUUAUUACAUGACUCUUCCAGGAAAUUUAAAAUUUCCGACGACGUUAUCGUUCUGCAUAUUGUCUAUGAACUAUAUUGUUCUUAUGUGUUACAUGUUUUCAGUGAUUUUGCCUUAUGUGUUCAGUGGUUAUGCAUGUAUGUUGUACGUACGCCAUUGUAGUGUUUUUUAGAAUGUUGUUUCAUUAGUUUGAGGAUGGUGUACAUAUGCCAUUAUAGUGGGAAUUGUGUCCUGAGGAGGUGAUGUUAGGCAAAUUUAAAAGUGAUGCCAUAGUAAUGAAUUCGCAAUAUUGUGGAGAUCAUUUGGCAUGUCAGGUAGUUUGAAUUUUGCCAUAUUCUGUGGUUAUUUUUAUUCG